CCUUGGCGGAAACAAACGCCAAAACAACCUUAACAACAGAAACAAACAUUUCUCACGUAACGGCCGGACAUCACAUUCUGUGCGCACCACAGGCGCACUUUAGCAUCUCUGACUUAAACUCUAAUUUCCUCUCGCCAGUGGAACACAUUUUUAUCCCCAUUUUCAGUUCUUCCUUCAGAAUUUUACUUUAUUCACCGAAUUCCAAUUUUACCCUCUACAGCUCUUUGUAAUCACAACUUUGCCAUCCGAAACAACCCUUCAAUGACAUCAGCUUCCACCACGGUGGCUGCUCGGCGUACAGUAGGUUCUCGCCGGAGAACAAAGGCGGCGAGUCCGGCACCAUCAUCGCCGCCGGACUCACCGCGGCCGAAGAAGAUGAAGGCGAUAUCGGAGGUAUUAGCGAAGGCGAAGUACGCGGUGGCGGAGAGUGGUGACUAUGGAGACGCGAGCUGCGAAAAAUGCGGGUCCGGUGAAGGAGGUGAAGAGCUGUUGCUGUGUGAUAAAUGUGAUAAAGGGUAUCAUAUGAAAUGCGUGAGGCCCAUUGUUGUUAGAGUUCCUAUUGGAUCCUGGUUUUGCCCUAGCUGCUCUGGUGAUCAAAGACGACGAGUAAGAAAGCUUUCGCAGAGGAAGAUUAUUGAUUUCUUUAGGAUUCAGAAGUGUGAUCAUAUUAGGAAAGAUAAAUGCUGCUCUUCUCAAGACAUGAGAAAGCAUCGGAGACGUUCGGGAUCAUUGGUGUAUCAAAAGAGAAGAAGAAGAUUGUUGCCAUUUGUUCCAUCAGAGGAUCAUGAUCAAAGGUUGAUACAAAUGGGCACACUUGCUUCUGCUUUAACAGAAUUGAAAAUAAAAUUUAGUGAUGACCUAACCUACAUUCCUGGCAUGGCUCCUCGAUCUGCAAACCAGGCCAGGUUUGAAAGGGAGGGCAUGCAGGUUCUUCCGAAGGAGGACAUAGAGACGUUGGAACAGUGCAGAGCUAUGUGUAGAAGAGGAGAAUGUCCUCCGCUUUUAGUGGUCUUUGAUUCAUGCGAAGGAUUCACUGUUGAGGCCGAUGGCCAAAUAAAGGAUCUGACAUUUAUAACAGAGUACACAGGUGAUGUGGAUUACAUCAGAAACCGUGAACAUGAUGAUUGUGAUAGUCUGAUGACCCUUCUUUUAGCAAAAGAUUCAUCUAAAAGCCUUGUCAUCUGCCCUGAUAAACGUGGAAAUAUUGCCCGCUUUAUCAGCGGCAUUAACAAUCAUACAGCGGAUGGUAAGAAGAAGCAGAAUUGCAAAUGUGUGAGAUACAGUAUAAACGGUGAAUGCAGGGUAUUUUUGGUUGCUACGCGGGAUAUUGCUAAAGGAGAGAGGCUCUAUUACGAUUAUAAUGGAUACGAGCAAGAAUAUCCUACUCAACAUUUUGUCUAGCAAUCUGAUACAAGUGCAAUUUGCGAUUUACGAGUUGCAUCGUCAUAGAUCAUUUUUCGGCCGGAAUCUUACUCAUUGUUGUUGCAGAGUCGACAACAUAAUUUUUCUAAUGUAAUCUUGGGCUAUCUAUAGUAAUUUAUCAUGUAAAGCUGCCCAAGUUAAACUAGAAAAGGAAAGAAAGCUUUUCUUAAGUUUAGAUAAAAAAAUUUGAUUUUAGAUAGACAUAAA